AUGCGACCAACUGAGCUAAACCUCACACCUUUGGAUGGUGAACCUAUAUCCGAUGCUACUCGCUAUCGUCAGUUGGUUGGCAGUUUGAUCUAUCUCACUGUUACUCGUCUGAAUAUUUCACAUGCCGUGGGUAUGGUUAGUAAGUUCAUGGGUGCACCUCGUUCUGUCCACUAUGUUGCAGUUCUUCGGAUUCUUCGAUAUGUCAAAGGCACACUUUAUCAUGGUACUUCUCUUGUCUCGUGGCGCAGCAAGAAGCAGGAUGUGGUUUCCCGUUCCAGUACUAAGGCUGAGUAUCGUGCCCUUGCCAACACCACUUGCGAGCUUGUUUGGCUUCGCUGA